AUGAUUAGAGCUCAAGCGUUACAAAGAAGAUUAUUCAAAACCUUGGCCGAUGAAAUUGACUGUCAAUACGGCGAACUCCUUCUUCACUCUGAAGUCCGAUGGUUAAGUAGAGGACGAGAGCAGAAACGUUUUAAUGAUAUCAUAUCUACCAUAGCUCAAUUUUUCGAACAACGUUAUGAACCGAUCCUGGAACUGGAAAAUUCAGUCUGCCUUUAG